AUGUUUUAUGCCCACUUUGUCCUCAGCAAACGUGGGCCGCUGGCCAAAAUCUGGCUAGCGGCCCACUGGGACAAGAAGCUGACCAAGGCUCAUGUGUUUGAGUGCAACCUGGAGAGCAGCGUGGAGAGCAUCAUCUCACCAAAAGUGAAAAUGGCUUUACGGACAUCGGGACACCUGCUGCUGGGCGUGGUGAGGAUCUACCACAGAAAGGCCAAGUACCUGCUGGCUGACUGUAACGAGGCCUUCAUCAAGAUCAAGAUGGCGUUCCGGCCAGGAGUGGUGGAUCUUCCAGAGGAGAACAGAGAAGCAGCAUACAACGCCAUCACGCUACCCGAGGAGUUUCACGAUUUUGACCAGCCGCUACCAGACUUAGAUGACAUCGAUGUGGCUCAGCAGUUCAACCUGAAUCAGAGCAGAGUGGAAGAAAUCACCAUGAGAGAGGAGGUGGGCAACCUCACCCUGCUGCAAGACAAUGACUUCGCUGACUUUGGCAUGGACGACCGUGAGAUGAUGCGCGAGGAGAGCGCGUUUGAGGUGGACAUCAUGGGUUCAUCAGCCUCCAACCUGCUGCUGGAGGCUGAGGGUGGAGCCAAUCAAAUGGCGGACAAGACCAAUCACCUGGAGUACGAUGAGCAGUACAAGGACGACUUCGGAGACAAUCCCAUGGAGAGCAACGAGGGAGGGAUGCUUGUUGACAAGCUGCUCAGUAACGAGGACGGAGGUGGCAUAUUUGACGACCCUCCCGCCAUCACAGAGGGCGUGAUGAUGCCUCAGGACACGGAGAAGGACGAGGAUGACUUUGAUGCUCUCUCAGCCGGAGCCCCAGACAGCCCAGACUCCGGCCCAACCGAACCGGCACCGGCCAUGACGGACCAGCAGGAACAAACCGCUCUGGCUCACAACGAGGAAGAAACCUUCGCCCUGGAGCCCAUCGACAUCACAGUGAAGGAGACCAAGGCCAAGCGUAAAAGGAAGCUGAUAGUCGACAGCGUGAAGGAGCUGGACAGUAAAACUAUCCGCGCGCAGCUUUCUGACUACUCCGACAUCGUCACCACCCUGGAUUUGGCUCCUCCCACCAAAAAGCUGAUGAUGUGGAAGGAGACGGGCGGAGUCGAGAAGCUCUUCUCCCUCCCGGCUCAGCCUCUCUGGAACGCCCGGCUGCUGAAGAUGUUCACGAGGUGUCUGACGCCGCUGGUCCCAGAUGAGCUGAGGAAGAGGAGGAAAGGCGGGGAGGCAGACAGCCUGGAUGAGUUCCUCAAGGAUCUGGAGAACCCGGAGGUGCCGAGAGAGGAAGCAGGAGCUCAGCAACAGAGGGACAUCAUAGACCAGACCAUCAUGGAGGAGGCCAACGCGCUGCAGACCUCUGCCGUGGAGGGGAGCAGGACCACGCUGGACGAAGCCAUCAUGCCUCCACCGUCCUCCCAAAGAGGCCUGACGCGGAAGUCCCAGGACUCAGAUCCAGCCCUUCCUACAGGAAACCUGGACGAGCAGCAGCAACAGACGCAGCAGCAGGGAUCCAACGCAGCUGCCUCUCAGCAACUCGAAGCCUCCGUGGUGAAUUUGCCCCCUGAGGACCCCGCCGCCAACAUCAGCCAGCUGAUAGAGCUCGACUUGCUUGCCGACAAGGACAAGAAGAAGAACGACGACGACUCUGACGAGGAGGAGGAGGAGGCACAAGGAGAGCAAGACCAGGAGGAGAGGAGGUGGAACAAGAGAACUCAGCAGAUGCUUCAUGGCCUACAGAGGGUGAUGGCCAAAACUGGUGCUCAGUCAGUCAGCCUGUUGGACCUGUGCAGGAACAACAACAGAAAGCAGGCGGCUGCCAAGUUCUACAGCUUCCUGGUUCUGAAGAAGCAGCAGGCGGUGGAGCUGGUCCAGGAGGAGCCGUACAGUGACAUUGUUGCUACGCCAGGACCUCGUUUCCACGUCAUCUAGUAUUAAGCUUCUAGACCAGUGGUUUGAAAAGAAGAAACUCUGCCCUGAGGGCCUUAUUUGGUUAGCAGGACUGUUGACUAGUUUUAUGCUGCGUCCAGACCAAAUGCCGUUUCAGGUGUCAAAAAGGCACCCAACACCUCAACAUGGAUGGUUGUGCACAUAAAAGUCAGAUUCAGGAGGCUCCAUGUUAACAUUUAUGAGUGAUCCAAAGUAAAAAUAAUCCCUUACUAUGUCACAGACCAGAGUCGGGGUCUCUCUAAUUUGUUGACUCCCCGCAUCCAGCUGCAAAAAUUCUGAUUUUCAAACUCUAGAGUCGGCCGCCCUAGAGGCGCUAAACCAAAUUUGAAGCAUGAAACACGCUGAAAGCUUCAAAACACGCAGCGCAAGAUGUGGGAUCUCUUGAUGGCCCCCCUGAAGCGCUUCCACCAUAAACCUUCAAUGUAAACCCGAUGCCAUUGAAGCUCAAAAGGCGUUUGGUCUGGACGCACCGUUAUUGGUUUGUUGCUUUAUUUAUGUUUAAUUUCAGAAGACUACAACUUAAAACAAGAAAACCAUUUGUUAAACCGAAUUUAUGUCGCACUAAAUAUCAAAUUCUGCCAUCUAACAGCCUGUGAUCGUCCAGCCGUAAGAAACCGGUAUUUGUUGUAACCUUGUGUGCACAGAAUGCAGUAUACACACAUACGUUUUGUAUUUGUCUUUAAAACACCACAAAACUUCUGUUAUAAUGAAAUUAUGACUUCUCUGGAAUACUUGCAUGCCGUCUACAAAAAUGAGCGUUUAAAUUCAUGAACGCAUAUUUCUCGUUACUUUAACUUUAGGAUUAGUUGUUUAUUCUAGGGAUUUGUUUCAUCCUGUUAUCUUUUACGCACAACAAUUUGGCGACGUCUUGCUAAUUCAGUGUUAUUUUUUGUUGUAGUAAUAAUAUACAGUGUUGUUUGUAUGCAAAAUAUUUAUUCCUUUUAUAUAUGAAAGAUUUAAGUUAUUCUAAAUGAAGCCUUGUUAAAAAAGAAAAGAAGAAAAAUCAACUUUAUGUGACUUGUUGCUGAAGCCAAGAAUUUAGGCUGAAUUUAACGAUGAAGAAGCAGCUUUCCUUCAGCUUUUUUUAUUUUAUCUACUUCCACUGCAGCUGAUUAUCGUAAAUGUCUGAGCACGUUGUGUAUUUUAAAAAUGUAAAGCCGUUCUUUCAUUUUGUAAAAAUGCAAAGACGGAUCGUCAAAGCGCUGCAGGUGUUGUCAAUAAGCACUUUAAUUCAGACUGCUUUAUGAAUUGAAAACUGAGUUUUCCAAAAAUAAAACACCAUGACCUGUGUGAGAAAUGGCAAA